AUGCGCCCUGUCUCCGUUGCGCCCUCCCUUCUCGUGCUCUUCGGCAUCUGGCUCUGGCUCUGCUUCCGCUUGGUCUCCACCACAAGCCCCUGUGCAAAAGUGGCCUACGCCCCGUUGCAGACCUCGGUGGCUGGCUCGGGCAUGGCCGCCUUGUUCGACCUCCCGCGUUUGCUGCCCUUUGCUCGCCUGGCGUCGGGCCUGCCGGCUGUCAUCGAUCUUACUGCAGGAGAUAUCGACAAUGACGGCGUCGUCGAUCUGGUCUAUGCCCACGCUCCGGCCUCCGUCUCGUGGCUCCGCGGUCUUGCCACCGCAGGCUCCUUUGCGAGCUCACCGACUCUGGUAACUUCGAGUGCAACAGGCGUCAAGCUAAUUGGAGUCGGCGACGUCACUGGCGACGGCACGUCGGACAUCAUAUACGUCUCGUCAAUGUCCGGCCCGUUUGUGGCCGCUGGCCUCGGCGCUGCCGCCUUUGACAGCGCCUAUGCUCUUCAGUUUUCAUCGCGCUCCUUCGUUCAACUGCAAAUUGCCGACGUUCGCGGCAACUCGAGCCUCGACAUCAUUACUACCGAUGCGUCUGGAUCCAUUACUGUCUUUGCUCUCGACUUGCGCUCGUUUUCCGGCGGCGUCAAGCCGUUCAUCGCUCUCGAUACCAACCUUGUGAGCAGCGCAGUCGUGGCCACAGCAUUUGCCGACAUGACAAACUCUGGCGAACUCGAUGUUGUCGCCGCCUUUGAUUCCGCCCCGGGCAUUGUCUUGUGCCGCAACGUGUUUCUCAAGACAUGCACCGUCCUCGCGGCCACAGGUAUCGACAACUACGCCUUUGAGCCGCGACACAUCGCCUUGGGCGACGUCAACGGCGAUAGCCAUGUUGACAUUGUCGCCAUCUCUGGCAGCCCGCCACAAGCUAUGUGGCACCCCAACGGCGGCUCUGGCGCCAUCAAGAACGCACUGCCACUCACGCCGCAGUCUCCCUCUCUGUCAAGCAUUGUCAUCGCUGCGCCGGCCGUCAUCUACGCGCUCGAUGGCUCCACUGUUCGCCUUUUCUCUUUCGACGCCACCAACUACAACCCGUUUGUCACUCCGCCACACACCGCAGCUCUGCCUAGCGCCGCACCGGUGCGGUCGCUCAAGCUGGGGCGGACGACCGGGUCCGGCGACCGCUUCAUCUCGGCGGUGUCGUCGGCCGGAUGGGCCUCCAUCAUUCGCUCGCCGGACGGAGCCUUGCAAACCCAGAGUGUGUCCAAGGAAAACUUGAUGAUCGCUUCCCGUGUCGUUACAUCCGGGUCUCAGGGCACCGAAUUCCUACUCUGCGCCACAGGCUCGCUUGUGGCAAGCGGGUUUCUGGUCCCCAAUUUGGGAGUUAGUCCCAACUCGCUCGUCAGAAUCUCGCCGAGCAUCAGAGCGUCGGCUGUUGCCGUCUUUGAUCUCACUGGUGACACCUUGGACGACUUUGUGGCCAUCGACGAGCUCUCCGGCGAUCUUGUGCUCUACAUCCACGUCAGUACCUACCUCUAUGACCGCCAUGUACUGGUCGCAAACACACUCUCACCGGCAGCGUUCCAACUCGGUGCAAUUGGCUCUGCAAGUGACGCUGGCCUGGCGGUAGUCCUGUUUGCAGAUCCGGCUCUCGUUGGGCCGACUCUACCGCUCGCCUCACGGUACAUGGUCGCUGUUGUUGAUGUCAACUCCGACGGACUCGGCGAUGUUGUCGUUAUGCCGGCCGACGUCGCAGGUCCGAUUUUGUUCUACGAUGGCGGCGCCGGCGGAGUCCCGCUGGCGACCAUUCCCGACCUUGCUGCCUCGGGCCUUGCCGUUUCUGACGUUGAUGGCGAUGGCGCUGUCGAUGUCGUGGUGGCUGUCGCUGCCGCCAGCAAGCUGGUCUGGUUCCCAGGCCUCGCUGGAAGCGGCCCGCUGCCUGUGUUUGGCCUGCAGCGCAACAUCUCGUUGGCAAUCGCUCUUGCGCCUGCCACCAAGCUCAUUGUCGACGACUUGACUGCUGACGGUUUUCUCGACAUCGUGGUCUCGACCCCGACAGGGCUGUCUCUGUUUGAGGCCACGCCUGCGAUCACGGCCGCGCCUGUUGUCAGUCGCACAUCGUCGAAGCUAUUGGCAAGCGUGGCUGAACUCGGCUUUGCGCUGCAGGGUUCACAGUGCUGGUCGUCAAGCGUGUUGCUGGAGCCGGGUGCCGUCAUUCGCGGCUGUCCGCCGAGCCCGAUUGUCGUACCUUCCGGCUCGGUGUGGGCGAUCGAGGGCACGCCUACCGCGCCAGCGGUCAUCAACUGCACUGGUAGUGUCACAGCGCUUUUUGAUGUACAGGGCCACUUGAUCCUCCGCAAUGUGCGUAUUACCGGCGGGCUCGCCAGUUCCUCGAUACCGUCGCUCCUCGGCGUGUCGGGAUCAGGCGUGCUCGAGCUUGACAAUGUUCGCAUCGAUGGCUUUUCAUCGGUCUCUGCCACGUUUCCGUUCGACCUCGGGACCGGCUCGGCCAUCUCUGUGGGUGACGCUGGGCGCCUGGAAGCGACCAAUUGUUCGUUCGUCAACAACGUGGCCUUACGCUCGGGCGGCGCAGUCGCUGUUGCCGGUGCCUCGGCAACAGCGAUUUUUGCUGACUGCAUCCUGGAGGGCAACACUGCGCUCGGACUUGGCAAACAGUUUGGUGGUGGUGCUGUGGCUGUCAUCGGCAACGCCGCAAGCGUGCAGCUGACAUCAUGCGAGCUUGCCAACAACCACGCUCCCAAUGGUGUUGGCGGGGCGCUGUUCAUGGCGUCAUCGGCGUUGUCGGCGUUUAUCACACUCACUUCUACCGAGGUCCGCGAUGCGACUGCCGGUCUUGCGGGCGGAUGCAUCGGCGUUGCGGUCGAGGUCGGCGCAACAUCGUUUGCGCAAGCGAGUGUAGCUGAUGGAUCAUGGGUUCACUCGUGCUGGGCGCCCGUCGGCGGCUGCUUUGCGGUCUCAGACUUUGAAGGUAUGCCAAGCGAGCCUGUCGGAGCCAUCUCCGACUUUCCGACGCCUGUUCCGCGCGCAGUUGAUUUCUACGGAGUCAGCAUGUACAUCAGCGGCUACUACGACGAUGUGGCACGGAUCGGCAACUGCACGGCAGACUACGGCGGCGCGGCGUACGUGUGUAACGCGCAACUGUUUACCCAGCUAUCGCCGGCCUACACCCAGCCGCCGACCCUGGUCGCCGAGCCGCCGCUCUCGGCAUCGAUUGCCGGCUCGGGUGUGUUUAUCUGCGGCAGCUCGACUGCAUUUCCGGUCGACACCUGGUUCUCCAACCAGACACCGGACCGCAUCUCGCCUGCCGUGGUUAUUCCCCGGGACUCGUACGGCGGCACGUUUGCCUCGCGGGCGGCCUCGCUGCAGAUCUCCGGCAACCUGCCUGGGACGGCAGCGUCGGGCGUGGUUCUCGGCGCGACAGCUCCGAUCAUCACCAUCCGCGACGCGUACGGGACGAUUGUGACUGACGCUUCGCUGCGGAUAGAGGUGACGACGUCGCCAGAGUUGACUGUCCGCGGCGCCGAGAGUGGGCUGGCGCUCUUGCCUGCCAAGCGAGGCGCGCCAUUGACGCCACUGGCAAUGUUGUUGCCUGAUUCAACGACAUCUGCCGAUGGCAUGGACGUGACCGUGACCCUUUCACCCGCCGGUAUUCCCGAACUUGCGAUCGAGUUCACCAUCCGGAUCACAGGUUGCCCGCGCGGGAGUGGCGUUGUCUCGCGCGAUGCCACAGGCAUUGUGUGCGGAGCGUGCGAUACACCACAGGCGACCGGGACUGCGCUAUUUUCGCUCGAGCCGUGUGCAGUGCUGCCAGACUGCCCGAGUGGUACAUUCCGCAAGACCCUGUCCAACACGACGGGCCUGGUGGCCUGCCGGUGCUUACCGGACUUUUACGUUUCGGGCAACACGAGCGACGUGUGCUCGGCGUGUCCGAGCGGCGCCGUGUGUUUCGGCGACGAGUCUGCGCCUUUGGCAGCGCCGGGCUUCUUUCCCAUCGGUGAUGGUGCAAGCUUUGCCUCGUGUCUUCGGCCCAAGGCCUGCAGCGGCGCGGGGCAGUGUGCCGACGGCUACGAAGGGUUUAUGUGCAACGACUGCGCGGCCGGACACUACACUGCUGACGAUCGAUCGUGCCGCAAGUGUCCAUCCGACGCAGUAGGAAGCGCACUGCUGGCGGCAGUAGCUGCGGCUGCCGUUGGCGUUGCGCCCAAGCGCAGCGAACACGAGCCGAGUGCGUCCGCAAGCGAGGACGAGCAGAAUCAUGGCAGUACCGACGAUGCGGCGGCGGCAAGCGACGAGGCGCCGGACGAGGCAGCGAUGCGGGCUCGGCAAACGCCGCCGUCGCUGUCGAUGAUUAUUGUGGCGUUCCAGGUCAUCGGGAUCCUCGCCGAUGCCAAUCUUGCAUGGGGCUCAGCGUCGACGUCGGUCAUGGGCACAUUCAACAUGUUCAACGUCAAUCUCUCGAUGAUUGCCUCCGAGUGCACGGUCGGCUCGUACGCGUUGCAGUACGUCCUCGCAGUCUGCCUCCCGCUGCUUGUCAUCGCCGUUGCGAUUGCUGCGCUGGCAGUAGCGAAGAUGACCGGAUUGGUGGAAGCGUUGCGCGAGGUUUCGUUGCGCGGGGUGGCUGACACGGUCCUGUUUCCUGUUGCGCCGCUGCUUUACAUUCCUGUGGCGCGGGCAACGCUGCUGCUGUUUGCGUGCACGCGGCUGCCAACAGGCGACUACGUGGUGAUCGCCAACCCAGGGCUGAAAUGCGGCGGCGAGACGUGGCUUAUGGUUGCACCGGUUGGCGCGGCGGCGAUCCUGAUCUUUGUGCUGGGCAUCCCAAUCUACUUCCUCCUUACAGUUGCCGGCCAGUCGGCGAACCUGUUCGAGCGUGCUACAUUUGCGCGGUACGGGGCGCUGUACAAGCUCUACCGCAAGCCGUACUUUUGGGGUGAGGUGGCGAGUCUGACCAAGCGGCUCUCGCUGGUUGUGGCAACGGUCUUUCUGGCCGACGUGCAGCUGGCGCAGAUUGCGCUCCUUCUAGGCGUGCUCAUCGUCUCUCUCUGCCUGGUCAUCCGAUUCCAGCCGUUCUACUUUCCGAUUUACAACAGCCUGGAGCUUCGGCUUACAGCGGUCCUCCUGUUCAUCCUGGUCAUGGGCGUGUUCUCGUACUCGGACCGGCGGGCUGAUGGAAGUGCUGGCUCCGCCGACAGAGUCAUCUUUGUCUGCGUCGUGCUCGGGCUUGUCGCGCUCGUUGUGGUUGCCGUCAUCGGCUUUGCCACCGACAUGAUGCAGAUCCGGGCCGAGCGUAGUGGAGCGUAUUCGGCGACGACCGAGCGACUCGCGCACGUUGCCGAGUGGCUAGAGAAGGAGGCAGUAGACCUGGAUCCUGCAGCCGCGGAAGCACUGACGACGGCUGCCGACGCUGCCGAGUCGGCCACGACUGGCGCUGUCACCGACGUCGCCAUGCACGACCUCUAG